AUGUUAUCGGGCCUGUUAAGAAGAGCGAUGUGCAUAAGCAGCAGACGAGGGAGCAGUGAGUCUUACUACAGAGAGCUCGGCGAUCAAGACACAUUGAAAAUCGAGGAUAAGUCCUCAGUGCUGUCUGAUGACUCAGAAGAAUUAAUACAAGAAAUCGUAGUUGUCACCCAAGCGGCGACUGAAAUUGGAAUUAUGGCAAGGCGCAACAUAUGUACGGGCCGGUUUCUGACGAUGCACAAACGGCGUAAAAAGCGCCUCUUAACCAGAUCCCUGUGUCAGGAAGCCGCUCUUCUGGACGACCUGCAACUUGGACAAGUGCAGUGCAUCUUGCAACAAUCUGUGACGUGGAAGUUCAAUGCGUUUACUCUAGAAAACGUCUCUGGGGGUCGCUGUUUGCCAGUGCUUUGCGUGCAUCUGUUCCACAUGUACGGGCUGAUUUCACAUUUCAAGUUAGACGUUAUUAAAGUCUGGAAACUCUUCAGCUUGAUCGAAGAAGGCUACCACAGCACCAACCCUUAUCACAACUCUAUCCACGCUGCAGACGUAACUCAGGCUAUGCAUUGUUUCCUACAACAAAAACAGAUUCGCGAUUUCUUGGAGCCAAUUGAAGUAAUGGCGUCGCUGUUGGCCGCCAUCGCUCACGAUAUGGACCACCCUGGCGUCAACCAGCCGUUCUUGAUUGCGACAUCGAAUCAUCUUGCUGCUCUUUACCAGAACACAUCUGUGCUGGAAAAUCAUCACUGGCGUUCGGCUAUCAGCUGCAUUAUAGAGAGCGGGUUGUUAGAAGGCUACGACAUACGCCCCAAGCUCGAGAAGCAGAUCAGCUCACUUAUCCUGGCCACAGAUAUCACUAGGCAACAGGAGUUUUUGAACCAGUUUAAGACAUAUCUGGAUACCAACACACUGGACAUGACGAAAAGCGAUCACCGCCACCUAGUGCUACAGAUCGCUUUGAAAUGCGCCGAUAUAUCCAACCCGUGCCGGCCCUGGGAAAUAAGUAGGAAGUGGAGCCUAAAGGUGUGCGAGGAGUUCUUCCGCCAAGGCGACUACGAGCGGAAACUCAAUCUCCCCGUCACUGCGCUAUGUGACCGGCAUACCACGUCUAUACCAAAAAUACAAACAGGCUUCUUGAAGUUCGUGGUGACGCCUCUCAUCUCUGAAUGGCAUCGUUUCCUCCAGAAUGAUCUUUCUGCACAAAUGCUUGAGAACUUGUUCUACAAUCAGAGUAAAUGGGAGAUGCUAGUCGCUCAAGAGCUAGCUGAGGAAGCGAAAACUGAGAUAUCUGAUGCAGACUUGGUUGACGACGAACUCGAAACCUGCUCUGGCACAAACAUUUCGGAUAGUUCUGAAUUAUUAUUGCCUCUACGAAGGAGUUCUCUGAAUCCUGCAAGACCGAUCGAUUUUAAGGAACAAUUGCGCAGGUUCUCAGUACCCCUUAAUGUAUUCCAAGACACUAAGUUCAAAUACAAAGAAAAAGGUCGCGGUUCUCUGUCGACUGAGUUACGUAUUAAAGGGAUCGCUAGUUUAAUCGGCAGCGGACACUCCAUUCACUCUCAGCUUGGAGGUCAAUGUGAGUCUGAUGAAGAUGAUGCAGAGAAAGUACUCAGCACUGAAAAGCUCCUACCGGACACCUCAAUAGCUUCAAUCACCACACCGGUACAGGCCACGCGCCUCAAUACUGUUAUCAAAGAAGGCGGUACCUGGAAACUAAUUCGCCAGCAAACUUUCCCACCGUUGGAAUCUAUCGCACAUACACACGCUCUACUCUGUCGCACUAAAUGCACCAGCAAUGAGGACACCAUAUACACUGCUCGCUGCCAAAGGGGCUUGGCGUUGACUUAUGAAACUGAAAGGGCAAUAUCGAAUCUAUUCAAAAGGGAUGAGACCGAAAAGACUGAAAUUGAUGACGCUUCUGAAUUAGAUGUAAAAGAUUUUGCCUUUUUGAAUAUUGACAAUUUUAAGAUGCCGAAGUCUGAUGCUAGGCGAGAUGCUACCAUAGUAGGCAGUCAACUACGCGACAACCUGUCUGCAGUGCAACUCAAAUCCACUGAUCAAUUCUUACGUCGCAGGAAAUCCAUGCCGACUGACACAUUGGUUUUCACACCAAAAGAGAUGAAGAUGCGCGAAGUAUCACUUACGAUACCGCAAUUAUUGCGCUGUACACUUUCUGGUAAAGAGUCUUGGACGCGGCGAAGGGGCUCUGCCCCUGCGCCGGUUGCUUCUAGCGACCUGAGGAGCCUCACUUCCCUCGGAGCCCUACGCCACAGCGUCAAUGGUGGCCGCAAGAAGCAAGGUCCCAUCGUCUCCUGCCAACAAUGGUUCGCAAAGACGUACGGUGCUCAAGAACGCUCUCAACAACUUCACCGCAGAAGUUCUCUCCCCGUUGAGGUAUUUCGUCUUAUUAACGACAUGGAUAAAACUACUGAAAAC